AUGCGAGCGUUGCUGAGCUCCGUUGGCAUGCAGGCAAUCGUUGAGAAAACGCUCGAGAACAAUCCUGGUUUAAUGCCAGAAGAAGCUCGACCAGUGGUUGCAGGAGACUCUGAUUACGAGUAUGUUCAGCAGGUGCUCGACAGUUGCUCGGAGAUCCUGAAGCUAUUCCAAGGCUAUGCAGACAAGGAUUAUCUAUUUCAACUCCCGUCAAGGAUUGUAUGUCGCGUUUUCAUGUCGUCGAUUCUGCUUCUCAAGGCUUUGAGCAUCGGUGUCAGACAGACUCAGUUCGACAUGUCCCUAGAGAUCCUCAAUAACAGUAUACGAGCUUUGAGGUCCCAAAGGCUAGACGAUCUGCAUUGCCUUCCAAGAUACGCCGGGCUGCUGGACAUACAGUUGAAACGCCUCCGUCGGUACUUCGCCGAAUCGUCGAGGUACCCACUGGCGCCGGCCACUGGGGCGACUGCAGUACCUGGAAUGUCAUCAGAUCCUACUUCAACAUACCGAGAGGCCGACACGCGAAUGUCAGAUUCAAAUGGACCUAGACUGGAAACUGACUUGGAGUGGCCUGAUUUGAAUAUGGAGAACUGGAUGCGUCUACCAUUUGAUCCCUCGAUGGCUCCAUUUGACUUGUCAGGAUCUCUGUCACAAACAGGAUUAGAGUUGAACGGGUUGGACUUCAUGUGGAACAUCUGCCAUGAGUAG